AUGUUGCCAGAAGAACCAAAUGAUGACGACCCCUAUGCUGCAUCCGAUCUCGUUGCUAUUGAGCUGGAAGGCGAUACGGGGCCCGGUAUACUGGCCGUUACGCUUCAUGAAGCCGCUGAAUUCACUAUUCCGGAUGCAUUUCAGGAAGCCGUUGGCAGCGACUCUCCAGCGCAGGACAACACAACCACAGCGGCGAAGCCAACCCGCAUUGCUUCCCAAGACAACAUCCUACCAUAUGCCAUAUUGGCUUUUGACAGAUCAGUAGCACUAGUCAAAGCGUCUUCGGGAACUAUUCAGAAUCCUUUGUGGAAUGCAGACACGGGCUCCUCCAAAUUUGAUGUUUUCAAUCCAUCUGAGUUGACCGUUAGCCUCUUCGUCAAGAACUCAGACGACAAUGAAGAAGGCGAGCAUGUACUUCUUGGCUCUGUACAAAUUGAACCUACGUUCAUGGAAUCGCAGAUCUCCUCUGAGUGGUUUCAAUCUGAAGGCGCCGGAAAGAUGCGUAUCACAAUGGAAUACACCAGAAAAAAGACAUUAGGCGUGGGCCCCCUUGGGUACGGCAACAGUAUUGGCCACGGUGGCUGGGGCGAUAUCUAUACCGCCCUGAAGAAAGAUACUAAACGAAUGUAUGCUUUUAAAGAGAUACCAAAGAGUGAAAUUAUUCCCUUGCCUGAGGUAUCACGCAUCAGGCAUUCUCAAGCCAAGAGCCCUUUCAUAAUUCAUGUCACAUUUAUAUCGCAAGUCCGUACUACGGUUUGCUUAUUUUCACCAGUCGUUCAAGGUGGGCACCUUUUCCACCGCCUCCAAGGGGCACACCAUUUCGGCAUCAAACAAUCAACGUUUUAUGCUGCUGAGAUUUUAUGUGCCUUGGAAGCUAUACACGAGGCUGGCAUUGUUUAUUAUGGGCCUAGGCCAAAGAGUAUUCUUUUGGACUCUCUGGGGCAUAUUGCUCUUUGCGAUUUUACUCUUUGUUCAGUAGAAAAGGGAAGCGCAGAAUCUACUAGCUAUUUAGAGUAUCCAGCUCCAGAGACAAUCUCCGGUCAAGGCUUUACGACAGCCGAAAAGUGGUGGACACUAGGGGUUCUACUUUACGAAAUGUUGACUGGCCUGCCUCCAUUCUAUGACACAGAUGUCAAUGAAGUAUAUCGAAAGAUUCUCUUCGAGCCACUUCAGCUUCCGGAAUUACUUUCGCUUGCCGCUAAAGAUAUCUUGGCCAAACUUUUGACUCAAGAUCCAGAUUUCGUUCGGAAUCUCGACAAACUACUUCUCACGCCGAAUCAAGUCGACUCUAGAUCUUUACCAAUCGAGGAAGAUAGCAGUGAUGAUGAUAGUCCCGUUCAUCCUCGAAAUUCCAUCAUAAAUGAUGACGAAUGGGAGAUUGUUGAAAACGAAGGGUGGAAGCUGGUUUGGGACAGCACAGAUCAAAUAUUCUACUUUAGCAAUCCCUUCACCCACGCGAGCGAAGAGAUCACAAUUCCGUAUCGUCGAAAGAGAAAUACCCGGAACGGCCUUCUUAUUGCUCAUCAGCUUACAGAUGAUACGACAUGCAACGCCAACUUCAGCGAGCCACCUACUCAAGAAGCAAAACGCUACGCACUUGAAGCGAUUUUGAAGGCGAGAUACAAGCAUCUAAUUCCCCAACUUCUUGGAGAAUACGGCAUGGACUCGAACUUUUAUCUUUUUCACCCUGAAGUAACACCAUUGUACCAUGCUGUUGAAUUGGAAGACGUCGAGCUAGCAAAAAGAUUUCUUGAUGCAGGAGCCGAGUCAAAUAUGAAGAAGUCUUUGAAAAGAGUUCCUCUGAUCAGAGCAGUUGAGAAAGGCAACCAAGAGCUGACAGAAUUGUUGGUUCAAAGUACAGACCGUGUUAACUGUACUCUCGCUCUUGGUCAAGCAGUGAGACAACAGGCCAUUCAUAUUGUCAACAUUUUACUGGCGAAUGGCGUCAAAUGCGAGUUUGAAGAGUCGGAUCGGCCACCUCCACGUCCUGUAGAGGAUAUAUGGCUAGGGUGCACCUUAGGGUUGAAACAUAGGACUCCUAUUGACUGGUUCAUGCCACCUCUCAUUUACGCAGUCAAGACAGGCAACAAGGAUUUGGUGCGACGUUUACUCGCCCACGGUGCAGAUGCCAACGUUGGCUACCAUGACUUGGCUAGUAAGAGGCCACUAAUAAGGGUCUGCGGUAGGCCUAUUCAACUGGCAAUGGAACUGAAGCAUCAUGACAUUGUUCAGUUGCUGCUUGAUUUUGGCGCAGAUAUCUGCCUUGCGCAGCCGAUUAAGCGAUCUCAUUCAUGUUCGAUGAUGUCGAGGGAAGAGCAUUUGGAAGCUACCGCUGCUUUGAUGGAAGCGGCAGCGUCAAGAAAUGUUACAAGCUUAAUCCAGUUUACCAGAUAA